GAGAUUUCUCCAUUCCCAAGCUGCUUGACCAGACAAACCAUAAAAACUAUUGAACUUUCAAUACAUCUCCUCCCGUGUCCGGUUCUUCCUCCCAAAAUCUGCCCGAGCUUCUUUGCCCAGCAGAUCCCCGGCAGUUGCAUCCCCAAGCGCCCCUCCCCAGUCGACGGUUCUCACCCAAUUCCGCCGCCCCAUCGACGGGUUCGCACCAAAUCAGCCGCCCCCGCAGCGGUGCGGGAGCGGCGCCGUUUGGACGCUUUCCCGCUGAAAUCUCCCGACAGUGUCUCGUCAUUUUGACGCCUGAGCUUUAUCCGGGUGGAAAGUUUGGAUCUUGGUGCUUGCGGAGAUGGCGAGUACGGGGGCGGGUGCUGUUCUUGCUGUGGUAGUUUUGGCUUGUGCACUGGGAGCCAGAGCUGAUGGCUCUGAUCAUAAGUACAAGGAAGGGGAUCAUGUUCCUCUCUACGCCAACAAGGUCGGGCCUUUCCACAAUCCAAGUGAGACGUAUCGGUACUAUGAUCUACCCUUUUGUGCACCAGAACAUCCAAAGGACAAAAAGGAAGCUCUUGGCGAGGUUCUAAAUGGCGACCGGUUGGUUGAUGCCCCAUACGAGUUGAACUUCAAGGAAGACAGGAACUCCAAGGUUCUCUGCAAGAAAGUGUUGUCGAAGGAGCAAGUUGCCAAGCUCCGGGAUGCAGUCGCCAAGGAUUACUACUUCCAGAUGUACUACGAUGAUUUGCCACUAUGGGGAUUCCUCGGUAAACUGGACAAGGACAAGGAGCAAGGAGACGUGAAAUACCUACUGUUCAAGCACAUCCACUUCGACAUCAUGUACAACGACAACCGCGUCAUAGAAAUCAAUGUACAGACCGAUCCAAAUGUGGCCGUGGAUAUCACGGAGGACAAGGAAGUGCCGAUAGAGUUCUCUUAUUCGGCGACAUGGAAAAAGACAGACAUUCCUUUCGAGAAAAGAAUGGAUAAGUACUCCAAGUCUUCCUCUAUGCCACAACACCUAGAGAUCCACUGGUUUUCUAUAAUCAACUCGUGCGUCACAGUGCUCCUCCUGACCGGUUUCCUGGCCACCAUCUUGAUGCGUGUUCUCAAGAACGACUUCAUCAAGUAUUCUCAUGAAGACGAGUCCCUUGAAGACCAAGAGGAGACUGGGUGGAAGUACAUUCACGGUGAUGUAUUCCGUUUCCCCAAACAGAAGUCCGUUUUUGCAGCAAUUAUUGGUUCUGGAACUCAGCUUCUCGCCCUUGCGAUUUUCAUCUUCCUCCUCGCUCUUGUCGGCGUCUUCUACCCAUACAACCGGGGAGCUCUCUUCACUGCCCUCGUUGUCAUCUACGCUCUCACGUCCGGUAUCGCUGGAUACACAGCCACUUCUUUCUAUCUGCAACUGGAGGGCACAAACUGGGUCAGGAAUCUGGUAUUGACUGGCUGCCUAUUCUGCGGACCUCUCUUCCUGACGUUCUGCUUCCUGAACACAGUCGCAAUAGCGUACAGCGCCACGGCAGCCCUGCCUUUCGGCACCAUCAUCGUCAUCAUCCUCAUCUGGGCGCUCGUGACCUCUCCUCUCCUCGUGCUGGGCGGCAUAGCCGGGAAGAACAGCGACACUGAGUUCCAAGCCCCCUGCCGCACGACCAAGUACCCGAGGGAGAUCCCCCAGCUCCCGUGGUACCGCAGCACCGUCCCUCAGAUGGCCAUGGCGGGGUUCCUCCCGUUCAGCGCGAUCUACAUCGAGCUGUACUACAUCUUCGCGAGCAUCUGGGGGCACAAGAUUUACACCAUCUACAGCAUCCUCUUCAUCGUGUUCAUCAUCCUCAUCAUCGUCACGGCCUUCGUCACGGUGGCGCUCACCUACUUCCAGCUCGCCGUCGAAGACCACCAGUGGUGGUGGAGAUCUGUCCUGUGCGGAGGCUCGACAGGCAUAUUCAUAUUCUUCUACUGCAUCUACUACUACCACGCGCGGUCGGACAUGUCGGGGUUCAUGCAGACGUCCUUCUUCUUCGGCUACAUGACCUGCGUGUGCUACGGCUUCUUCCUCAUGCUGGGAACGGUCGGCUUCCGCGCGUCGCUCUUCUUCGUGCGCCACAUCUACCGCUCCAUCAAGUGCGAGUAAGCGCCGGACGUGCGCACGCGGUCUGGCAUGCUCAUGGCUGUUGUUCCGGGUGGCUUGGGAUCCAAUUGCAGAAACCGUCACCAGUUGGGUUGUGCAUGAAUUUAUAUGCUGAAGCGCCAGCAGUUGCCCUCAGUAUGGACCUCUUCGCCUUUAGCCUUUAUAUAUAUACGUUGGAGCUCCCGGAGAGGAGGAUCUAUGUAGUGUAGGACUGUCGCCAGAGGCAGUGUCUGUAUUAUUAUCUAGUACACUUGUAGUGGAGCC